UCAGCUAGAUAAAACAGCCACUUGUUAGUAAAAACUCUUUUUUCAUUGACUUUUUCCUUAUUCAGCUUUUAAUAAUCUUUUUUAUAUUAUCUAAUAGUAUUUUUAAUUAAUAUUUAGUUUACUUAGUAUUUCAAUUAAACAUCUGAACACUGUGACCAAAGUAUUUUAUUUGUGCCUUUCUCCUGGCUUCAAUCAAAUUCCUAUACUGUACGUAAACUGAAAAUAAUAUAAACCUUGUCCGGUUGUGCCUCUUGAAAUUGACUCAUUAAAAAAUCUAAACGGUGAUCAUCAGUGAGUAUUCAUCAUUGGGAUAAACAACAACCCUGAGCUUAAUCACCAAAGCUAAUUUCAUCAAUUUAGAUGGUCGUCGUUUGAAAUAUUGAACUGUUUAAUAUUUUACGUGAAACUGCUGGUGUUAUAUGGUAGCAGUGUGGCAAUGAUGAUGUUACAACAUUCAAUUCAAGUCAAAGAGUAAACUCAUUUCCUCGCCUGUUAAUUUGAUUCAAUUGUCACCAAUUUUUUUACUCAUUGUUUGUUUGCAAGUAUUGUAAAGAGAAAUAAUAGAGAUCUGAUUGUGCUGUUUAUUUCUGUCCUUUCAUUUCCGAAGGAAAUCCAGUUUAAUAGUUUAACAAUUGGUUAGGCCUUGGUUUUACCCUCUUCAUGUGGUGCCUGUUUUCUUUUUGUGUGUUCUUUAAUUGGUCCAUUCAACACUGAACUCUUUCUUUUUCGCUAAUCAAUCCACCCUCUUUAAUUGUUCCUGUUUUUUGUAUUGAAAUUUCUACGAGACGAAUCAUGCAAUCCUCCACAAGCAACGAAUAUCUGGUUAAAGAUGGUCGAUCCCUAAAAAAAUCAGCUAGUGUACCCUCAUCACCAGAAUUGUCAUCAUCUCGACGACGUAGUUCACAUGGAACUGUGUUACAGUUGAGUGAAGAUAAUGGAACUUGGAAAGUUGCCGGUGAAACGGGUGUCACUAAGGAAGCUGUGAAAAUGUCUAAAGUUUCAAUGAUUCUAGAAUUAUCUAAAAAACCAGAGUUUCGCUAUCGUAUUAGUGUGGCUCUGUUUUUUUUCUGUAUUGCUAUCCUGGUCAUGAGUACAAGCCUUUUGGAUCAAAGACGUCGCCUGAUAAAAGCCUUGUCCAUUAAAAUUUAUCUCCACGAGGAACAUCGCCAUUUCUCUUUACUUGACUCAACCGGUACUCCAUAUGUUAAAGUGCAUUAUGGUGUCAACUUGCCACUCGACAUUAAACCAUUCAGCUGUUACAUUCAACAUUUAAAUGAUCAGCAACCAACUAUUUGCCGUGAUUGGGAGUAUCGUGCUCAUCUUACCAUUGACCAUCAACCCAAAGAGCAAGAUAUAAAUUGUUACCGAGUUUCAUGGGAAAGCUAUUCUCAUACAGGACCAACAUUGAAAGAUUGUAUCAGUUUAGGCGAUGGAUCGUGGUUUGGAAUGGGUGAAACUUUUGGUACACCAUGGCCAUUGAACAAGUGGUCUCAGAAUAUGACAGCUUUUGUUACCAACCAUAGUAAAGGGAAAUUGUCACCUUUAGGCUCAGUCAUUAAGCGUUACUGGAUCUCUUCAAAAGGAGUCAGUAUCAGUGUUCCUCUACAUACUCCAUUGUUUUUCAGUUUUAAUUCAUCUUCAAAUAGUUUACCCGAUCAACAGCUUUGUUUGGAAGCACGCACAAACACUUAUCCUUAUGAUUACUCCAAAGGAUCACGUCCUAAUCUAGAGUACACAAUUUGCACCGGACCUAAUGUUAACGAUCUUCAUACCCAUGUUUCACGUACUUGGCUGGCUCGAACUCGAAAUAAUUCUUCUUCGGAAUCCAGUGAGCAAGUUAUUCCCCAAUCAAUUUUCUUAGAGAAACCAAUUUGGAAUAUCGAUAGAAAAGUGAUGACUUCUUUAAACCAUGAAAAGUUGGAGAACUAUUCAACGAAAAUAGUUGAUUUCGGAAUUGAACCAGGUUUCCUACUGAUUGAUAUGAAAUGGGAAAGAUUCAUUGGUGAUUUAAAAAUCAAUUCAACUCAAUUUCCUGAACCAAAUAAGGAAUUCACCAUUUUAAAAAGAAGAGGAUUCAAAAUACUUCUUUCUGUUUCACCUUUUCUCGAGUUAUCGUCUCCAUUAUUUACCGAUGCUUUCACCGAAAAUAUAGUGUUUACACACGAACACUUAAAAACGCCAUUAAUUACUCGUUGUGAACCUGAAUCGACUCAACUUUGCGCUGUCAUCAAUCUAAUCAAUGCUACAACUCAUGAGUGGUUUUUAAAUAGAUUAACCAAUCUAACCGACUAUUCCAUCCAUGGAUUGUUUUUCAAAGGAGUUCAAGUCUCUCGAAUGCCUCAUUUUUACAUUCCUGACAGCUCGAGAACAAUUAAUCCUGACAUGUACCAAAUUUAUUACAAAAGUGUCGCCUCAACCAGUUAUGAUUUAUUCGGGAUGGAUACUUCAGCAGGAACCAAAGGUAUACCAGGUUUCAUCAGGAUAGCUCCUCGUGAAUCAACUUGGCGUUCAUUAAAAACCAUAAUACCAACAGUUUUGUCGAUUGGCCUCGUUGGUUUCCCUAUUGUGAAUCCUGGAUCAGUUGGUGGAGAUAUUCCAGUUUUAAAUACAAAUGAAACUACUGAUGAAUUGUACAUUAGAUGGUUUGAAUUGGCUACUUUUUUGCCUGUCCUCCAAUUAUCCAAUGUUCCUAGAGGUGACAUAACUAUUCUUAAAUUGGUUAAGAAGUUUAUCAACAUUAGAGAGUACCAAUUGUUACCAAUUAUGAAAAACUGUAUGACCGAAAAUUUAACCAAAGGUUGGCCCAUUGUUAGACCAAUUUGGUGGUUGGACUCACAAUCAGCUGAAACUUAUACCAUUGAUGACCAGUUUGCGAUUGGAAAUGAGAUUCUGGUUGCUCCUAUCCUUGAAAUGGGAAAGACGACCAGAGAUAUUUAUCUACCUUCUGGUUGGUGGAAAGAUGAAAUUUUGGGUCAAACUAUUAGAGGCGGUAAAUGGAUGAGAAAUUAUUCUGUUGACCUUUACAAGAUAGCCUAUUUUACGCGAAUCAACGAGCAAACUUAAAGCAACCAAUUUUUAACCGAUUUUUUGCCCGAAUUAACCAACGCAACUUCUGUGACUUGUAUUGCUCAAGCAAUUGCAAUUAAUAUAACUUUUAGUGUCAAAGAUCUAGUGGCAUUUGUAAAUCUCAAUUUUAAGUAAUUGUUUUAUAAUUAUUUUGUACUUUCAAUUCAAGAACUUUUUUCUUCAACAUUGAUUACUAGUGUAACAAAUGGAAAAGGAUUUCCAAUCAUGAUCUCAUUUUAUCUAACAUUAAAACAAUUUCAUUCUUUGAACAAAAA